AUCAAUUAAAAAUCUAAAUUUUCACUAUAGGUACUUUGAUAAUGCGAUUCGAUGACACAAACCCCGCAAAGGAGACUGUAGAAUUUGAGCAAGAAAUCCUCGAAGACCUCAAACUCCUGGAAAUAAAACCAGAUCGUUUCACCCACACUUCAGAUUACUUCGAACUUAUGUUAAAGUACUGCGAGCAGUUGAUCCGAGAAGGGAAAGCAUUUGUAGAUGACACUCCAGCAGAAGUUAUGAAAGAGCAGCGUGACAAGAAAGAGCCUUCGAAGAGUCGCAACAACCCAGUAGAAAAAAAUCUUCAGCUGUGGGAAGAAAUGAAGAAAGGAACCGAAAAAGGUCAGACUUGUUGCGUUAGAGCCAAGAUAGACUUUGCAUCAGCCAACGGGUGCAUGAGAGACCCGACAAUUUACCGGUGCAAGCCCGAGUCACACCCCAGAACUUUAAACAAGUACAAAGUCUAUCCUACGUAUGAUUUUGCUUGUCCAAUAGUAGAUUCAAUUGAAGGUGUGACUCAUACUCUGAGAACUACAGAGUACACUGACAGAGAUCCUCAGUUCUUCUGGUUCAUAGAAGCUCUAAAAUUAAGACGUCCUUACAUCUGGGCAUACUCGAGAUUAAAUAUGACCAACACUGUCUUGUCGAAGCGAAAGUUGACGUGGUUCGUCGAUAGUGGCUUGGUUGACGGCUGGGACGACCCUAGACUGCCAACUGUAAGAGGAAUCCUCAGACAUGGAUUGACAGUCGAGGGCUUGAAGCAGUUCAUCAUCUCCCAGGGUGGUUCAAGGUCUGUUGUCUUCAUGGAGUGGGACAAAAUUUGGGCAAUUAAUAAAAAAAUAAUUGACCCGAUUGCAUUUCGCUUCACUGCUUUGCAGUCUGAUGAUCUGGUACAGGUCAAUGUGCUUGAUGCGGUUGAUGAUCAGUUCCUUGAGGUCCAAUAUCAUCCCAAGUCUCCGGAGCUAGGCAUGAAGAAGGUUCUUGUUGGAAAGAAAAUUUUUAUUGAGAGGGUUGAUGCUGAUACCCUUAAAUCUGGAGAAAAAGCCACUUUUAUUUCUUGGGGGAAUCUGAUGAUUGAAAAUAUUAAAAAGGUUGAUGGUAGGAUUACUGAAAUUGACGCCAGGCUUAAGCUAGAUGACAAGGAUUAUAAAAAUACUGUGAAGCUGACCUGGUUGGCGGAAAAGGGGGAUAAAGAUGAUUAUAAGAAGGAGGGUGAUUUGGUUCCUUGUGUUGCGGUUUAUUUUGAUCAUAUUAUUAGCAAGAAUGUACUAGGGAAGGAUGAUGAUUUUAAGGACUUUAUUGCUAAAGAUACUAGGAAAGAAAUAAAAAUGCUGGGAGAGUCAGAAUUAAAGAACGUGAAGCAGGGCCAAAUAAUACAGCUUCAGCGUAAAGGAUUCUUCCGCUGUGAUGUACCGUAUGGACCAAUGAGUGACCUGACCAGCAGAGAAAGACCUCUGAUUUUAUUCUACAUCCCUGAUGGACACACCAACAGUUCCCCUGUGGCGUCAGCACCUAAAGAAGUUAAUAUCAAAGAGAGCAACAAAAGUAAAGCGAACGCAGUAAAGUCUUCAGCUGACGGAGCGUCAAUAUUGGCGGCAAUUAAGUCCCAGGGUGACAAGAUCAGGAGUUUGAAGUCUUCCAAGGCAGAUAAGGAAGCAGUCGAGAAAGAAGUCAAAGCUCUGCUGGCUCUAAAAGCGGAUUUCAAAACCUUGACGGGAGUUGAGUGGAAGGCUGACUUGAAUCCUUCAGAUUUUGAGAUUAAAAACUCGAGUGAAUCAGGUGAGUCGCUUAAUCAGCAGAUAGUAGACCAGGGAAAUAAAGUGCGAGAGUUAAAAGCUGCAAAAGCCAACAAGGCAGCAAUUGACGAGAGUGUUAAGCUUUUAUUAAAAUUAAAAGCGGACUACAAGGCAGCUACUGGCAAAGAUUGGAAGCCUGAGGCGGUUCCUAAAGACACUAAAGAAAUUCAAAACAAAUCUGGACCAGCUGAUUCUUUGAAUCAGAAGAUUGUAGACCAGGGAAACAAAGUUCGCGAGUUAAAAGCAGCUAAAGCUGACAAAGUUACUGUUGACGAGAGCGUUAAAAUUCUCCUGAGCUUAAAAGCCGAGUACAAAGCAGCUACUGGCAAAGAUUGGAAGCCUGAGGCGACUCCUAAAGACACUAAAGAAGUCCAGAAUAAAUCUGGUUCAUCUGAUUUUUUGAAUCAAAAAAUUGUAGACCAGGGAAACAAAGUUAGAGAGUUAAAAUCCGCCAAAGCUGACAAAGCUACUAUUGACGAGAGCGUUAAAAUUUUACUGAGUUUAAAAGCUGAGUAUAAGGGAGCUACGGGCAAAGAUUGGAAGCCAGAGGCGACUCCGAAGGGUACUAAGGAAGCUAAAGACGCGAAAAACAGCCAGAACAUGCCGAAAAAACAGGACGAAGAUUUGAACCAGCAGAUUGUUGACCAGGGUAACAAAGUUCGGGAGCUUAAAGCUGCUAAAGCUGACAAAGCGACAGUUGAUGAGAAUGUUAAGAUUCUUCUGAAGCUUAAGGCAGAUUACAAGGCAGCUAAUGGCGAGGAUUGGAAGCCUUCCUCUUCCGGGCCUGUAGAGGACAAGAAGAAGAAAGCCAAAGCUCCAGAAGCUCUUAAAGCUAGCAAACAGGCUCCAAAAGCUUCCAAAGAAGCCGAAAGUACCAAAACUGGUACUAGGUUGGGUUUAGAAGCUAAAAAAGCUGAAAAUUUACCUGAUUGGUAUUCCCAGGUGAUCACCAAGGGAGAGAUGAUCGAGUACUAUGAUGUGUCUGGGUGCUAUAUCCUCCGGCCCUGGAGUUAUUCGAUCUGGGACAAGAUCAAGGACUUUUUUGAUAGUGAAAUUAAAAAACUAGGUGUCCAAAAUUGCUACUUUCCUAUUUUUGUGAGCAAAGCAGUGCUGGAGCGUGAAAAGACUCACAUUGCUGACUUUGCUCCCGAAGUUGCCUGGGUUACCAAGUCCGGAGAUUCUGAGCUAGCUGAGCCAAUAGCAAUUCGUCCAACUUCUGAGACAGUUAUGUAUCCCGCUUAUGCAAAAUGGAUCCAAUCUUAUCGUGAUCUACCGCUGAAGCUCAAUCAGUGGAACAAUGUCGUUCGUUGGGAGUUCAAACAUCCUCAGCCGUUCUUGAGAACUAGAGAGUUUCUUUGGCAGGAAGGUCACUCUGCGUUUUUGACCAAGCCUGAAGCUGAUGAGGAAGUUAUGACCAUUUUGGAAUUAUACGCUAGGAUUUAUGAAGAGUAUCUUGCGAUUCCGGUGGUUAGAGGUAGGAAGACAGAAAAGGAAAAGUUUGCUGGUGGAGAUUAUACCACUACAGUGGAAGCUUUUGUUUCGGCUAGUGGACGAGCUAUUCAAGGCGCUACUAGCCAUCAUUUGGGGCAGAAUUUUUCUAAGAUGUUUGAUAUCAAAGUUGAGGGAGCUGAGGAGGGAACUGAAAAGACUUUUGUGUUCCAAAAUUCAUGGGGAUUGACCACCAGAACUAUUGGAGUCAUGGUCAUGGUCCAUGGUGAUGACAAGGGACUUGUUCUUCCACCUAAAGUAGCUUCUGUGCAAAUUGUGGUGAUUCCUUGCGGAAUUACUGCGACUACUACUGCAGAAGAGCGCAAGACUCUGAUGACAGAGUGCGAGAAGCUGGAGAAGACUCUUGCUAAUGGUGGGUUGCUGGUCAAGGGGGACUACAGGGAUAAUUAUAGUCCCGGGUGGAAGUUCAAUCAUUGGGAGCUCAAGGGAGUCCCGCUAAGAGUUGAAUUGGGCUUUAAAGAUCUGGAAAAGUCGCAGGUUACUUUUGUCAGGCGUGAUACUCUGGAGAAAUCUUUUGCGAAGCAAGAAGUCGUUUGUAAGUAUGCGAAAGAAUUGUUGGAGAGUGUCCAGAGGAGCAUGUAUGACAAGGCUAAGAAGGAGUUGGAUGGUCAUUUGAAACAUUGUCAGGAUUGGAGCGCUUUUUGUGGACACUUGGAUAAGAAGAACUUGAUCCUUGCGCCGUUCUGUGGGAGGAUUGAGUGCGAGGAUGAGAUCAAAAAGGACAGUGCUAGGGAUGAAGCUGAGGAAGCGGGAGCUCCCCUUAUGGGCGCUAAGGGACUCUGUAUUCCCUUUGAACAACCCAAGGGGCAGGCUGUUGAGAAGUUGGGGUGUAUUCAUCCGAAGUGUGGGUCAAAAGCCAAGUACUGGACGCUUUUUGGAAGGAGUUAUUGA